GGUGGCUGCCGCACUCCAAUUGAGUUGCAGAAUUGGGUUGUCGGUCGGUAUAAAUAGUCAGAGAGUCAACCGCCCCGAGGUUCGGAGGCUCCUUCCUGUCACAGCUGCUUCCAGUUGUUAGAGAGGCUCCGAUCCUGAGGCACGGGCAGGAUGUUGUGGCAAGCCUAGGUGCCCAUUCGUGGACGGAAGGCGACGGGGGACGUUCCUUUUCGUCUGUGGAUGUUGAAGGAUGGCUCAGGGUGGCAUCAAGACUUCCAGCGGGGACUACGUAGAUGCAUCAUGGGAGCUGAAGAUCGUGGUGGAAGAAUUGGGCCCUGAGGCGGAGCCCAUCACCCUGAGAGUGAACGGGGACGUGCACAUUGGCGGCAUCAUCCUUCAGCUGGUGGAGAAAAUCGAGAUAAAGAAGAACUGGUCGGACCAUGGGCUAUGGUGGGAACAGAAGAAAUGCUGGGUUCUGAAAACCAACUGGACCCUGGACAAGUGCGGCAUCCAGGCCGACGCCAAGCUGCUGUUCACCCCUCAACACAAAUCCUUGCGUCUUCAACUCCCCAACCUCCGAACGGUCAAACUGAAAGCAAGCUUUUCCAGUCCCGUCUUCAGCUCUGUCAUCGGCAUCUGCAAGAUACUCAACAUUCGCCACCCUGAGGAACUAUCGCUGCUGAGACCUCCAGACGACCCCAACCAGAGGAAGAAGAAGAAAGAGAAAGAGAACGAGCCCGAGGAGGAGGUGGUGGAUUUGGAAAGUCUCACCCCAACUCCGGGAACACAGAACCAGAGGUACAACCAGCUGAAUGGAGCUCACUACCUGAGGGACAGCCCAGAGGGAGAAGCUGCCUAUGAGAUCCUCACUGUCAGUCAGCCCAGUAUGAACCCGGAACUGAUGGCGAAACUGUACCGGCCGAGCACGCUGAUCGAUAAGGCCCAGGUCCACAGCAGGUGA